AAUCAGAUUCAGAAGCAUCACAAAACACAAAACAGAGUCAAAAUUCGUUUUCAGUUUCCAAUUAUGGCUUCAAUCAAUGGCCGUAGUGCAAACGAAAUGUUUCAAGGUCAAGCUCUCUUGUACAGACACUUGUAUGCCUUCAUAGACUCAAUGUGUCUUAAAUGGAUCGUUGAGCUUCGCAUACCAGACAUAAUCCACAAUCAUGCCAAACCCAUUACUCUUCCAGAGUUGGUGUCAAUUCUACAAAUUCCACCAACUAAAGUUGGUCAAGUGCAGAGCCUCAUGCGUUACCUUUCACACAAUGGAUUCUUUGAAAGAGUAAGAAUCCAUGAAAACUUUGAAGAAAAGGAGGCCUAUGCUCUCACUGCUGCUUCAGAGCUACUUGUCAAAAGCAGCGAACUUAGUUUGGCUCCAAUGGUUGAGUGUGUUCUUGACCCAACUCUCUCUGAUUCAUACCAUCACUUGAAGAAGUGGGUUCAUCAGGAAGAUGUCACACUCUUUAAAAUAUCAUUAGGGUCUCAUUUCUGGGAUUUUCUUACCAAAAAUCCUGCAUACAAUGAGUCAUUCAACGAUGCAAUGGCUAGUGAUUCUCAAAUCAGCAACUUGGCAUUGAGAGAUUGCAAGUUGGUCUUUGAGGGAUUGGAGUCCAUUGUGGAUGUUGGUGGUGGAACUGGAACCACAGCCACUAUCAUCUCUCAGGCAUUUCCUAACUUGAAAUGCAUUGUCUUUGACCGUCCUCAAGUUGUCCACAACUUGUCAGGGACCAACAAUUUGGCAUUUGUUGGUGGGGACAUGUUCAGCUCUAUUCCUAAGGCUGAUGCAGUCCUGCUUAAGUGGAUUCUACAUAAUUGGUCCGAUAAAGAUUGCGUAAAGAUAUUAAAGAAUUGUAAAGAAGCUAUUUCAACUAAUGGCAAAAAAGGAAAAGUGAUUAUCAUAGAUGUUGUGAUAAACGAAAAUCAAGAUCAGCACGAAGUUACUGAACUAAAGCUCCUUAUGGAUGUAAACAUGGCUUGUGUUAAUGGAAAAGAGAGAAGUGAAGAAGAAUGGAUGAAACUCUUCAAGGAAGCAGGGUUCCAAGGCUACAAAAUAUCUCCCUUGACCGGUUAUUUAUCUCUUAUUGAGAUCUAUCCCUAGAUUCAUUUAAUAAUUCAUCUUAUGAACUAAAUAAAAUUGUCUUGUGUUUUGACUGUAUAGUUUAGAAUCAGAUGCUAUAUGAAGUGAAUAAAAAGCCAGAUAUCAUCAGGAUAAACUAGCAGUGCAAGGUCAUUGGUAUAACAAAAUCUUACGUGCUUCAUGUGACAUUGGUUCUGAGAUAAAGACAUGUAUUAUUUAUUUCUUUUUCCAUUUCAAAACAUUCAUGUUUCAUUUGUUUUCUUCUAGUGGAGAUAAUGUCAUUUCUUUCUUUCCAUUAUACAAAAUAUUGAAGUGUAAACUUAUUUCAGG